AAAGCUCAGUUUUUUUUGUUUUAGAGAGAGAGAGAGAGAGAGAGAAUGGAAAAAUCAUCAGGGCAAUGGCUAGAGAAUGCGUUGGUGGAUUUGUGCAAGAGAGUAGAAACGGGUUUGGAUUUGGAUAGGGAAAUAAUAUCGGGUUUGGUUUCUUAUUGUGAACUCGCUCAGCCUCUUGAUGCUAAGGAGUAUCUUGAUAAUAUAAUCGGGCAGGAGGCAGUCAAAAGUGUGUCUGAGGAAUAUUUACGCCUUAGAGGGUACUCGGAUUUUGGCACCAGUAAUCCAGCUGUUCAAACUUCGAAAUUCCAUGCUUAUGUUAAACCAUCAGCGGACAAUAGUUUUGUUGCUGGAACAAAGAAACCUGCUAGAGCGCCUAAAGAAGUCUCAGCUUCCGGUUAUCAGGCCGAAUCGAAAAAGAAUGCCAGUUCCAGCUAUCAGGAAAACAAUGCUGAGGCAAGUGGGUCAAGCCAAAAGGGGAUCCAAGGCAAUUCUAAGAAGAAGAAAACUGGAAAAGUCGUUUCACUUGCGGAAGCUGCUAAGGGGUCAAUUGUAUUCCAGCAGGGAAAACCAUGUUCGUGCCAAGCCCGUCGUCAUAAUCUGGUGAGUAAUUGCUUAUCUUGCGGCAAGAUAGUGUGUGAACAAGAAGGAGAAGGGCCUUGCAGCUUUUGUGGUGCUCUUGUGCUAAAAGAAGGGAGCAGCUAUGCUGGUCUGGAAGGAAGUUUCGCACCUGCAUCAGAUGCUGAAGCAGAAGCUGACGCUUAUGCAAAAAGGCUCGUUGAGUAUGACCGAAACUCUGCUGCACGUACAACUGUUAUUGACGAUCAAAGUGAUUAUUAUGAGAUUGAAGGCAACAGCUGGCUGUCAAAGGAGGAAAAGGAACUUCUAAUGAAGAAACAAAAGCUGGUAGAAGAAGACGAACGAGCCAAGCGAAAUAAAGUAGUUGUGACUUUCGAUUUGGUUGGGCGCAAGGUAAUGGUGAAUCAAGAUGAAGCUUCAGAGCUAAAAUCAGAGAACAGAAUAUUAAGGCCAGCAGAUGAAAGAGAGAACGAGGCGAACCGAAUUAAACCGAACCCAACUCUUAAUAUACAACCAAUCUUCAUAGAUCCAGGGUCUUCUAAUAAACCUGCCAAGAGUAAGCAGACAGAUAAAAGAGUUUCUAAAGGUUUAUGCUUGGAAGUUACUGGAAGGGUGCAGCAUGAUAACAAUGAAUUGAAACACUUCAUGAUUGACAACCAGUUGGAAACUUCUUCUUCCAGACUUGGCAAGGUCCAGCACUGAACAGGUUAUUUUCAUUGAGGAUGACUAUGAAUUGGUUAAAACUUUAGAUUUUGUUUCUUUGUACAAAAUAUUUCCUGCUUGCUUAGAAUUCUGUUUCUUGAAGUAGAUGGGCCGGGAGCUAUAUUGAAAACUUGUCGAGUUCUAUA